UGUAGUAAGAGGGCAUCGUUCUCCUCCAGUCGCAGCCAUAUGAGGUGAACCUGUUUCGCUCGAGUGGCGGUUGUUUUACGAUGAUAUCCGCUACCUAUCUUAUUUUUCAAAGAGCAGUCCAUUUAGGUAGGUUAGACUAGUCUAGUUAGAUUGGUUUGUAGGCAGUAGAGGAGGAACGCAUUAUAUUGUUUCCGUCAUGGCAAAGUCGUUCCACUAUUUUUAGCUAGCACUGCAAGCUAGGUAGGCUAACAGGGGCGGGCUUCAUUGUAAAUCAUUGGCUAGCUUCAUUAGCAACACGCAUGGAACAGUGGAGGGACGUGGCCUCCCAGCAGGCCAAGCUGAUUGUAAAUCGCCUGAAUGAAUUGUUGUCCAACGGUUUGGAGUUUUUGCGCACCGAGCUCGGUGUGGAUCUAGCAUUGAAGCCUGAGCUCAUUCCGUCAUGGGCGAUCCUCUUAGCGGCAUGCACCGGCUUGGUGUUGAUGCUCGCUCUAUGGGCCUCGAUGUGCCGGGCUCUCUUCUUCAAGAAGCGGCCUGCUGUCACCGUCGUGGACGACAGCGGCGAAGUAAAACGAGUUGCCAGCAAGGCAGUUAAAUCGGAGGAGCCGAAAAAGAGGAAGAAAAAGGCGGAAAAGAAAGCCCAGCAGAAUGGGCGAGCUGUUGAAUUCCAGGAAGAGGAUGGUAUAGUUGCAGAAGAGAGAGUGCCACAUCACCAGCCACUUCCUGUACAAACCAAGAGGGAAAAGAUAGUAGAGACCAAGAAGUCCAAGAAGAAAGCCAAACAGACAGUGAAGGAGACCGUGACAGCAGCCGGAAAGGAGCCAGAGGAAGGUACAUGGGAGACCAAGGUCAGUAACAAGGAGAAGCGUGAGCAACGCAAGAAGGACAAGAGUUCCAGUGAUGGCUCGGCCAGUCCUGGAGGCAGUGGCAUGCCUGCGAGUGGUCCUCCAGAGCAGCGCAAGCCCUCAGCAGCCCCUCCACCUGCCAACCAAAAGAAGAAAAAAGGAGAGUCUUCAAAAGUGACAGCAGAGAAGGUUGAUGCUAUUGUUUCUCAAGAUGACAGGAGUGAUGUUGCAUUGGUGGCAGCUAGAGGUGUGACUGACAGUCAAGCAGUGAAGGCAGUCAUGGUUCCUCCCCAAACUGUUGUGCCAAAGAUGCAAGGCCCAUGGACUACCACGAGAGAACCAACACAAAGUGUUGCAGCACCACUGUGGAGGGCAGAUAUUGAUGAUUCCUGGACUGUGAUUGAUAGGGUUCCAGCUGAUCUGAAUCUGAUGUCCUUUACUAAACUGGGUGUUGGCGGUGCUGAACCCCAGCUGGCAGAUCAUGUGCCGUGGCUCAGUCACCCCAAAGUGGAUGAUGAGUGGACUGGAUUCAAUGGUGGUUCAAUGGAUCCGAGCUCGGACUGGAGUGCCCCUUCUGAAGCCUGGGGCAACUAUGAAGAGCCCACCCCUAAGCCAACUCCUGUUCAGGAGCAACCCGAGUCCGCUAAGCCUAAUCUGUUGAGUGCUACUGCUGAUGAUGAUGAAAAUGAGAAGGAAAAUGGAGAGACUGCGGCUGAUGGAGCAGCUAAAACAAAAAAGAAGAGGAAGAAAAAGAAAAAGGCAGCUGAGGAAGCUGGAACGACAGGCCAGGUUGAAGUGCCAGAAAAGAAAGCAGAACAUUCAGCCCAUCUGAAGAAGCAGCUGCUGCCUGUUCAGGAGCCUUCUGCUGCUGUCCAGCCUGUGAAAGCAGCUGCUGUUGAGUUGAGAUUGGAGCGAACAGUGAAGGAAAACGUAUCAAAGAAACCUCUUGCCACACAAGUGCCACCCAAGCUACCUAAGGGACAAGCCACUGCUCCGAUCAACCUUCCUCCUACAACACAACAACAAAAACCUGAAGAAAGCCAAGCAGCUAAGCCAUCGAAGAAGAAGAAGGCAAGGAGGGAGACAUGAGUCCAUUUUGUAGUCCACCACGUGCAAAAGACUUGAUAUCCUGAUUAUGCAACAACUCUGAUCUAUGGUUGACUUGAUGGACUUUCCUUAAAUCCUGACUGAAAAUUGAAAACCUUUUAUCCGGUCAGUCGUUGGGUCAUGAAAAACUGAACGUUGAAGCAGCUGAAUCUAAUUUCAUGCUUUGUGAAUUAAUUUUAAACAUGCUUUUGAUACUCUUGUCUUGUAAUUCCAUUAUUGAAAUAAGUGAAGGAGCUAGUUUGUAGAAAUGUAGAUGUAAAGAAAUCGUUGUAUUGUUGUGGUGACUAUGAAGUUACUCAGCAUGACAACACUCUGCCGAACUGGCCUUUCCUUUCCCUUCCCUUGUCACCCUUGAUGGUACAGUGAACAUCAUUGAAUGAAAAAGGGCCAGAGGACAUUUUGGCUCAAAUGUGUGUGUACAUGUUUGUAUUUUUCAUGAUCUGUGAGAUUACAGCUGACUGCGUCUAUCUGGUUUAUUAACUUGUCUGUCGUAUACUGUCAAGCCUUCCAAUCCCUUGCAGUUUUUACUAAAUAUGACUUCUGUCUGAUUGAAGAUGUACCAUGCCUUCAACCUCUUUCAGACUUUCCAACUGUAGUUGAUUCAAAAGUCUGACUUUUUUUUGUAAAAACUUGUUUAAUAAAAGUAAAGCUAAAGCCAUA